AUGGUCUCCAACUAUGGUCGAUAUUCCAAUUGUACAUCUCCAACCUUAAAUAAAACAGACGAUACAUCACAUUCGAAUCGAUUAAAUUUAUAUGUAGAUAAUAAACCUGCUACACCUUGGAAACGUGGAGAAGUUAUUCAUGAGGGAAUGAUACCCGUUGAUAAGGGUUAUAUACAAAAAAAUAUAUUUGGUCGACGUUACUAUGGAAACAAUAAUAUGAAAUUUUAUCAUUCUGGCAGUACUGGAACUGGUGGUGGUGGUGGUGGCGGUGGUGUCGGUACUAGUGAUGGAGGUGGUGGUGGUAACUUUUACAAUUAUUAUGGUCGUAAACGUGGUCGAACAUACAAUCGACAUUAUUAUCAUGAAGGUCAACGAGCUUAUAAUAAUAAUCAUAAAUCAAGAUAUCCAUUUACUUGUUCACCUACUGUAUAUCCACUUUCACGUAGUCAAUCUAGUUACAAUAUUGACUCCGAUAUAACUAAUAAUAAUAAUAGUGAUGAUUAUCAUUAUCAUUAUAAGAAUGAUAGAAGAGUUCAUCGUUAUUCCAAUUGUAGUUAUACAAUGAAUAAUGAACAAUUAACAGAUGAAUAUAUUGAUGAUUGUUUAUCUACAGAUAUUGAACAAUAUCAAUUAAAAUUAGAUAUGAAUAAUCAAUAUAUUCAUCAUAAUUAUACAUCUAAACAUUUAACAACAACAACAACAACAAAUAAUGAUAUGAAUAAUGUUGAUGAUUGGACUAAAGUCAAAACAUCAUCACCAUCAUCCUCCACAUCGUCAUCAUCAUCAUCAUCAUCAUCACCAUCACCAUCAACAGAUUCUGAUUUUGUAUCCAAUGAUAUUAGUCAACCAUCAUCGUCAUCGUCGCCGUCAGCAUCAUCAUCACCGUCGUCAUCAUCAUCAUCAUCGUCAAAUAAUCAGAUAAUUAAUAGUUAUUUACAUAAUGACACUAAACAAUUACAACAUAAAUGUAAAAGUUCUUUAAAUUUAUCAACUUCAUGUAUAAUUGUAUAUGAUACAAAUAAUAAUGAAGAUUAUAUUGAUGUAAAUCAUCAUAUUCAUGAUAAUGUAGAAAAUCAAAGAGAAUCUAUCGAAUAUGAUAAUCAUCAGAAAGAUUGUAAAUCUCGAAAUAUGAAUGACUAUCUUACUCUUGUUUGGGGUGAUCUACCUGAAACGUUGGAAAAUAAUUAA